UCACUCAGUCGUGUGUGUUGUGCCGUGGAGUGAAGGUGUCCCGACCUGCUGCUUGUGUUUAGAAAAGUCCUCGACGUUUCCUCCCUCGGUGCUUCCUCACGUGAGGCUUAAACACGUCUUAAAGACUAACGAAAGAGCGAGUGAUCUACGUGUCUGAUAAUAAAAUUUGAGUGUGAAGGGAUCGUGUGCGUGAAGGUGUACGAGGUGAAGUGUUGUGUGUAGCGGUGGAUGUUGAUACACCGUCGACCAUAACACUGUUGGCCACUUCUCUCCUGACAAGGCAGGUGAGGGUCGUCUUGGGCUUAUGCUGCCUCAAGUGACUCUAGAUCACCACCAGGAGCUGCUCGUCUUCCACCUGCAGGCGGUCGCUACCACGAUGGGUGAGAGUGUAAACAGGAGCCAGACAGGCGUCAAAGUGUAGACAGGUGUGAAGGCGUAGACAAGAGCCAGGCAGGUGUGAGAGUGUAGACAGAAGCCGGGCAAGUGUGAGGACAGAUGAGUGGUGCAAAAUGUCAGACUCGGGGAGCGGGGAGAGUCAGGGGUCUUGUGGCUGUACCUGUGACGGGGAGUGCGGCAUGUCGCUCUCUCCGGCCUCCUCCCGCCGCGGGGCAGAGUCCACCUCCGGCUGCCCUUCGUCGUCAGAUUACCUGCCUUCAGAUCCCAUCUCCGGCAGCCUUUCGCCAGUCAUAGACACACGCACCACGGAGCCUCACACGGUCACCAGACGAGGCCGGCAUAGUCCGCCCCCGCCCUUACCUGAGAAACGAAAGCCCCGCGACCCCUCCGUCCAGCAGCGGCGGAUCAAAAUGCCUCAAGCAGAAGACCCUGGCGGUGUCGUUCGCCCGCGGAUGAUGAUGUCGUCUUCAGGGUGUCCCUCACCACAGGGCAGGUGCUGGUGGGAUCAUCAGCAGCUGUCGCCGGGGAGCUGUGCCUCAGGGUACUGGGAACAACACCAGCAGGAGGACCCAGGAGGCGGCCGGGGGCACAGGACUCCAUCACCUGACUCUGGCGGGUCGGAGGAAAUGGAGCAGAUGAAGGCGCUCUUUAAUGCUUGUGAUACUGAUGGCGACGGCUACAUCACCAGCGCCAACUUGUGCGGUAUGCUUUCCAUGUUGGGUCUGGAAGGUUCGGGAGACACACUGGCAAGGGAGCUGGGUGGUGACAGGCGAGGACGUGUGUCUCUUAAUGCUUUCCUCGCCUCCCGUAAACAUCUGGCUCACGAGGUUAAUGCCAUCCGUAGUGAAGGUGGCGGCAGCUGGACUCCUGAGUUGUGGUCAGGUGGUUCAGAAGGAGGUGACGUUGACCCCUCCCUCCUCCUGCAACGGCCCCCUUCCUCCCUGCUGGAUGUGCCCGGGCCAGGGAGGAGGCGACAGGGGAUGGCCCUGAGUUAUCGUCGACAUACAAGCAGACAAGUCCUCGAAGCUACCAAUAAGCUACACCUGGCGGCGCUGGGGUCCCUCAAGGGGGAGAUCAUGGAGCUGUCCUCCAGGCUUAAGAUGAUCUCCCAGGAGCGAGACAUGUUGGAGAAGACCCUCACCGUCACCCAGCUGGAGAAGGUGAGGGUAGAGCGUGAAAGUGAAGACCGUCUCGACUCACAAGCUCAGCGGUACGAGGAGCGACUCACUGAGCUUCACUCCGUCAUCGCUGAACUGUCUCGUAAGAUUGACCAGCAGAGGAUCAAUGUCAUAGCUGAAGAGGAAGUGGUGGUCGAGGAAUAUUCCCAGUCAGAACUCUCACAUGACCAACACGAUGCUACGGAAGAUUCAACGAGUGAAGCCGUGGAGUCAGAGGAACACAUGGAGGAGCCACGAGACCACACGGCCACUGACGCCUCCACCUCCUGUGACAUAGAUGACCGGGCUGUCGAGAUGAGAGCAGCUGACAGGACCAUAUCACAACAGGCUGGUGAAGGAAUAGCAGACCUUGAUGUGAGUGAGUGUCCACGAGGGAGCGGAGACACCAGCAGCUGCCGGGCGUCGGGGGACGAUGCUUGCCGGUCCCUCAGUGCCCUGGAGGAGGAACUCAAGGUCCUGCGGGAGGAAAAUAAUAGCCUGCAACAUGCUCUGGCCCUUGCCCAGCACAACACCUCCACACACCGUAGUACCAUCACUGCUCUCACCCAGGAGAGAGAUGCUCUCUGUAAGAAGUUACGGGAAUAUCAGAGGAUGCAGCCCGCUAUGCCUCCUCAAGCCCUGCAAGUUGCUGAUGCAGUGACAGUACGAGGGCUACGGGGAACACCUCUGGCGGCCUUCACCGUCACCUCUGGGGGGUCAGGGCUCAGCGGGUCAGGACCGGGCACUGUCUCUCCCUCACCCUCACCACAGCCACCAGAGAGCCACACACCCACCCAGGACGACACACCUAUUAUAUGUAGAUUAGCUGAACGGGUCAGACUAAAGAAAGCUGAGAGUGGAGACCUGAGAAUAACAGGGACAGAUCUGAGUAGUGUGGGUGUGUGGACAACCGCUGUUGCCGAGCAGUUAGUCGCAGGUGUACAGGAAGACAGUGAUGCCCAGGAGCUGUACCAUGCUCUGGCUACUGCUGGGGGAGCAUUAGCCCCUCAUGAGAGGUUAAAGGAGUUUGAAGUGGAGAUAGAAAGACUUCAUGCAAAAGUGGACCAUUUGAAAGCACAGAAUGAUGUGUUGGCCAUUACUCUGAGUGAAUCUAAAUCACACUGUGAUCAUUUAAGUAUCCUGAUGGGUAAAUAUGAAUCAAACUCUAUAGCAUUACAGUUAGCAGUGACAAAUUUAGACCAGACUAUAGAAGCUUACGAAGUGUUGGUAGCGCUACUAGAAAGUGAAAUUGGUUUAUUAUUAGCGAGCUGUAAAGCCGCAGGUGUGGGGGUGAAGCGGACUGGUGGUGGUGCAGGGGGGGGCUGGAGCUAUGCUGACCAGGAUGAUCUUGUGGCUCUAGUAAAGAGAGCACAGGAACAACGAAGAUCAACAGAAAAUGUUGCUCGUCACCUGCUGUCUCGCCUGGACCGAUCAGAGUGUCAACAGUCGGACACAGAGAGCUGGAAUGAAGCUGGUAUCAUCCAUAAUACUAGUACGGGUUCAUCCACAUCCAGCGGUGUUGAUUCUGAUGUGAGUCGAGGAGAGGAACACCGACUUCGCGAGACCAUCAACAGACUCAAAGACGAGCGAGGGCAUGUGUCAGCCUCCCUCCUCCCUCUUGAGUCCCUCCAUGUCGACCCCCUCACCAAACACUAUCCUCUCAGCCUUAACGAUGCACACAAACUCGACCUUGAGAAUGCUGUGUUGAUGCAGGAGUUGACAGCAAUGAGAGAAGACCGUGCUGAACUCAGAGCCCAGGUUUAUCUUAUGGAGAGAGAGAAGGCAGGUCUGGAGCUGAGAGUAGGUACGUGUGAGGCUCAGGCAGCAGCUUACUGUGCUACUAUUGACCACCUUAAGUCAGAGCUGGCACAGGGCCGCCCAGGAGGCAACCAGGAUGGUGAAGGAGACGGGGACAGCGGCGUUGACUCGUCUUCCCCGGAGAUCAUGGAGGCUCUUAGACGAGAGAGGCAGCUGAAGGGUCGAGUGCAGGACCUGGUCACCACCCUGGAGAAGGUGACCAAGAACUCUGAGGCGAGACACAUGCAGUCACAAGAGUUCAUCAAUGAUCUUAAAAAGGCUAAUGGAGCAUUGUUGACGGCCGUGGAUCGACUUAAAAAGAAGUAUGCCUUAAAGGUGAAGAGAAUGGAGCAGCAAAUGAUGGGUAUGGUUGACAGACAUGCCCACCAGGUUCGAGUUCUGAAGCAGAAGAUCUCCACGUUAGAGGAUGACCCGAGCAUCAGACACACACAAAUGAUCUCGACUGCCAGUGAGACAUCACUCUGAGGACAUAGAUCGGUUAAAUACAUAUAAUUUUUAACUUUUGUUACUUCUCUCAUUGUUAAAUUGAGGCUAUGAGGGUAAAAAGGGAAGGUCAACCAAAAUAAUGUUUCGAGAUAUGAAUGAUUUUGUUUUGAAUGAAAAUGGACUCAAAUACAAUAGGAAAUUUAGUGCACUUUCAGAUUAUGUUGCAUCAGACAGGUUUAAGUUGGUUGAUUGGCCCCUCUUACCCUGAGUGCCUCAAUUGUAAAACUUUUUUAUAAUAAUAUUCCAUUCAUUGACAUAUGGUUUACAGCUACAGUUUGAGUGCCUCCUCCUUCACCAUUCCAAGAUUACAAUGACUUAGGAUGUAUGAAAGUUCUUAACUGAUGUAGAUGAAAGACAAAUGUACAGUUUAAUUACUGUAAACGUAAUAAAUAUGUUGGAGGUCACAGACAACGUGUAGAAAAUCAGAGGCGCACAAGUGACUACAAGAAAACUGGCCCUUUUUAUUUUUUCUAUUGAGUUAAAAUUUCAUCUUAAUUACUUAUACUGUAUUGUAUAAUAUUGGGAUUCAAAACUUUAAAGAAUAAGGAAUGAAUAAUGUUUUAGUUACUAAAGUCUUACGGUAUCAAGAAAAAAUUUACAGCAUCCUUGAAGACAAAAUUAUCUCUUAAUUCAGAUAAAAAAAAAAGAUGUAUUAUCAAAACUAAAAAUCAAAAAUCAGAAAUGGCCUUAUAUAUAUUUUUUGGUCUGCUACAUUACCAUCGAGAACGGUCAACACUGUUUCUGACUUUAGUUUUGGAGAAUCUUUGUUGCCCAGAGUGUGUGAUGGACUGCUGACAGGUUACACAAGCACAGAACCUCAGGAAAUAAUCAGGGAAAAUCCUAUAACUGAAAACCUGUACUGAAAAAAUUCUUAUGGGAUAAAUAAUUAAGUGAGAUGAAAAGCAGCUAAUGAGAGUUUGGAAUGUUAUGGAGUAGAGAUCAACACAGGAACAUGAAGUUAUUUAACAGGGCUAUUGUGAAGACCAGACACCUUCGCUUAUCUCACAUGAUGGUUAAACACCCUAAUAAGGUUGGGAAUCUUUAGCUGCCAGUUAAGGAUUAAUGACCCAAGUAAACUAAAUUGGGGUGCCUAAUCUAAAUGAGGUCCCUCAACAUAUGCAAAUCAAAGUUUCUCACUGAAAGGUUGGAAAUUUGCAGUGUGCUACAGUAUUUAUCAAGCAAAGGAAUACAAUAAAAGUCAUGGAUUUUUCUCGUGUAUAAUGUACAAAUUUUGCUUCAUGACAGGCUACAGUAUUUACCUUCAGCAAACACAAACUUAUAGUACCCCCAUAUAAUGAACAUCCUCAGUAUAUUUUUCUGUGAAUCCUUUUGUGGAUUAUUUACUGAGUGUGGCCCAGGUAGGCUGAGUGUGGCCCAGGUAGACUGAGUGAGGCCCAGGUAGGUUGAGUAUGGCCCAGGUAGGUUGAGUGUGGCCCAGGUAGGCUGAGUGUGACCCAGGUAGGCUAAGUGUGGUGCAGGCUGUGAAGCAAGUGAAGUGAAGGGUGAUAGACAUCAUUUGUUUCUCAACUUUUACAUCAUUAUUUUUUACUGUGGAAAGACAAUAUUAAUUUUCUUUAUUGUGGACUCAUAAAUCUAGAAACAGUAAUCUCAUAUUGUUGAAAAUAAUGCUAAAGCUGAUAUAUUACACAGACAUUUAGUAAAGAUUAUUAAUAUUUCAUAUACAAGUCAUGAAAUCAUUGGGUGCCAAACUAGUCCAAAUGCAUUAUUAGGAAAAUAAAUCUGUAAAGUACAAAGUUGUUGCAACUCCUGAUACUGUAGUCAACAAGUAUGGUAAUCUACCUGUUGAUGUAGGUACAGUCUGCCUGCACUUGUACCUGGUACAGUGGCUGGUGCAUUCUGUGAGAUGUGGCAACUCUGUAGAAUGCUUCUCUAGCAUGCUUAGUGUGGCUAUUAUUAUGAGGUUCCUUAAGGCCAUUCCAGAAGUCUUAAUACGACGUAAACAAAUCCGCAGAUGCCACAUCUCACAAAACACACCAGCCACUGUAGUAGCAAGUAUAAGUGCAGGUGACUGUACAUAGUAAGAUGGUAAAUUAUUGUUUUGUUCUGUUGCAUUACUCACACUGUGGGUUCGGUACUGUUGUGUGUGCACCGUCAUUUUCAGCAAAUGAAUUUAUGUUUAAUAAAAAACAUGGAAAAACUUGCUGGAUAUUAUGGCUGUACAGCGGGAACCAGAGUCCCAUAGUUCAGUAUUAGACAUCAUAAUAAGAAUAACAAAUAGUAGAAAAUAUUUUAUUCCAUGAUAAACCUGACACCAAAGUUUAUGUCUGGUUUUUCUGGGACGAUAAUCAUGGGAUCUUCUUAUUAAUUUGCUUAUUGUUUAUGGAUUCUCACGAGGUCCUUGGAGAUUGUUCCUUCCUAAUAUGUGACUCAUCCCUGGCUGGCAAAUUAACCUGCUGGUGGCCACACAAUCUAGUACAGUAUAACAACAAGCAUAUUAAUUCAUCCCUCCUGCACCAAUCUUUUGCACAAUCAGUCCAGUAACUAAUGCCUUGAUCAUGCAAAAACAAAUACAUAAUUGAUAACUGUUCAUUUCUGGGGAUAUCAGGAUCUGAUAAAUGCAUGUUAUUCAUCAGCUUAUAGAUGUCUUAGUGAGACACAAACAUGUAGAUAUCAUCCUCUAUUGUUCUGGAGAAAUCUGAGUUUUUACGUUUAUUGUAUAUCCCUGUGCCAGAAUGUGAUGUUGCUAAGUACAGUACUUUACUCUCCAUUCUAAAUGAUGCAUCAGACUAGUAACUCAGCUUCUGUAGGAUUACAGUACAGUAUAUAAAAGUGUCAGUAAGAUUGCAUGUAUCUAGUUACAUGCAUCUCCCCCCCCCCCAGUCAUGGCCAUGAGGUCUUCUAUACGUAUUUGUUUUUUAAUUUCAUUGUAAAAUUUUAGAGUAUUUUAACCAAGUGAAGUCAUUUUCUACAUUUCAAUGAGGACUGUGGAGUCAAAUGAUUUUCAUUUGGACACCUAUUAACAUGCAAUUUUCUUUUAAUAGGCUUACUUGUUGUUUUUAUUUUAAAUGCACAGUAAUAUUAAAAUACCAAAUGUACUACAAAAUCUAGUGGCCUCUUUUGUGAUAUAUAAAAUUCCUGAAAAUUGCUUUUUGUGCAUAUAUUUUGCUGCAGUAUAAAGAGCAUUCAACGUGAUAAUAAUAAUGAAAUUCAGCGUUAGUUGGUGUUACCAGACAAGCGACAGAAUGUGUGACACAACAUACAGGGAUAAUGUGUUGGCACGCGAGUCAACAUGCUCCUCAACGCUGUACAGUACAUAUGUGCAUUUAACAACAUUUCUUCCACUAUUGAUAAUUUAUGUCCGUAGUGCAUAAAGUUUGUUUUUAUACUAAACAUUAACUAGAGAUAGAGUGAUAAUACAGUAUUGAUGAGCGGCGACCUGUAGAGAGAGGGUAGGAACAAGUGUUGAUAGUAUAUAUACACACUGCAUCUGUGAUAUCACCUGUGGUAAAAUGCUGAAGACUUAACACUGUAACACAAGGCUGUUGACAGAAAGUUACACCCAUUGUAAGUUUAAUAGUUGAUGGACUGGUGUAAUUACUAACAUUGAUACAUGCUUAAAGACCUUAGUUGUUGAAGUGCAGUGAUAACAUAACAUCAAUGGUAUCAUGAAAUGGUCUUCAAAUUAUUAAGUUUAUAUAUUGUGUUUACUUCACUUCCAUCAUCCUUCCUCAUAUUAUUUUGUAUUUAUACAUUAAUAAGUAUUUUUGCAUGCUUUAAAACAUCUACUUUACCUUACCUGAAAUACAAAGCAAUAAUACACAAUAAAGAUCCUUCAUGUGGACAGAAGAGGAUCAUGUUAAUGAUAAACUUCCUUUAUCAUCAACAGUUUUUAAUUCUGUAUAUUAGCCUCAUGUCUUAUGUUUAGUAGACCAGUGCUAAACAAGAGCUCGGAGGACAAAGUGUCAAACCAACAUAUUCAGAGUUCCAGUGUUAAGUUUUCAUUAUUUACUUACUAUUGCUGACAAAGCAAUUCAGGUGAUACAGAAGGCAUCUUUCUGUACGCAUUAUGAAAUUAGUUUAUAUGUAAAUUAUCUAUGAAAUUGUAUUAUAAAAAUAGACUAACUUUGUAUUGAAAUACAAUAUAAUAAAAUAAAUGAAAAGAUAA